AUGAAGUUCCUUCUUCCUUUUGCUGUCUUGUUGGGCAGCUUCCCUGCCUCCUCUGCAAUCACUCUUACAGAGGAACAAAAGAAGCUUCAAAGAUUCUUUGACUGUAUUGAUUCCAUGGAAAAGGCCGAUGAGGAUGGCAAUGACCGAAUCUCAGAGGCCGACGAAUUUGCCAUGUUCCUGGACAACUACAGCAAAGAGCUGUUUGAGGAAUCUGCCCUCGAUGGUGGGGAUGUCCCGGAGGACAUGGCAUCGCUGUAUGGAGAUCUUGUUGAAGUGAGCUAUCCUCUCGAGGGCGAAACAGAGAUGAAUAUUUAUGGGUACAAGCUUCGUGAUAUGCCUGUCGUGACGGCAAAACGCCUUCAUGCAUUGCAUUCGAUUUGUGAACGUACGGCGCAUGCCAUUAUGGAGCACGGGCACAGGACACCAGCACCCCUGCUCGUCAGAUUGGGAGGGUUCUUCAAGGCGGAAGAAGAGGAACUGGAGGAACUGGAGGAAGAAAAGGAGGAAUUGGAGGAAGAAAAGGAAGAAUCGUCGUCGUCGGAAGAAGGAGAUAGUGUCAGGAUUUAA